AUGCUUUCUUCUCUGCGAAUCGCCACCAGGCAAGCCGGCCUGCGCCGCGCAUCGGCCCUCCCGCUCAAUGUCGCCCGCGCCGGCUCGACCUGGGCCAACGUUGCCCAGGGCCCUCCUGUAAGUAUCACCGAAGCCUUCAAGGCCGACACGUUCGACAAGAAGAUCAACCUCGGUGUCGGUGCCUACCGUGACGACAAGGGCAAGCCGUACGUCCUCCCCUCGGUGCGCACUGCCGAGCAGAAGGUCGUCGACGCCAAGCUGAACAAGGAGUACGCCGGCAUCACCGGUGUGCCUGACUUCACCAAGGCCGCCGCCGAGCUCGCCUACGGUGCCGACUCGUCCGCCCUGUCGCGUCUCGCCAUCACUCAGUCCAUCUCCGGUACGGGCGCCCUGCGCAUCGGCGCCGAAUUCCUCAAGCGCUUCUUCCCCGGCGAGAAGAAGAUCUACAUCCCCACGCCCUCGUGGGCCAACCACAAGGCCGUCUUCUCCGACGCCGGCCUCCAGGUUGAGCAGUACCGCUAUUACAACCGCGACACCAUCGGCCUCGAUUUUGAGGGCAUGAUCGCCGACAUCAAGGCCGCGCCCAAGGGCUCCGUCUUCCUCUUCCACGCGUGCGCCCACAACCCCACCGGCGUUGACCCCACGCAGGAGCAGUGGAAGGAAAUCUCGGCUGUUGUCAAGGCCAGCGGCCACUUCUCCUUCUUCGACAUGGCCUACCAGGGUUUCGCCUCGGGCUCCACCGACAAGGACGCCUUUGCCCUGCGCCACUUUGUCGCCGAGGGCCACGACCUCUGCCUUGCCCAGUCCUUCGCCAAGAACAUGGGUCUCUACGGUGAGCGUGUCGGCGCCUUCAGCAUCGUCGCCAACGACGCUGCCGAGGCCAAGCGCGUCGACAGCCAGAUCAAGAUUGUCGUGCGCCCCAUGUACUCGAACCCUCCCAUCCACGGUGCCCGUGUCGCCGCCGAGAUCCUCACCAACCCUGCCCUCUACAAGCAGUGGCUCGGCGAGGUCAAGGAGAUGGCCGACCGCAUCAUCACCAUGCGCGCCCUGCUCAAGGAGAACCUCGAGAAGCUCGGCAGCAAGCAUGACUGGAGCCACAUCACCAGCCAGAUUGGCAUGUUCGCCUACACGGGCCUGACGCCCGAGCAGAUGGACUCCCUCGCCAAGGAGCACAGCGUCUACGCCACCAAGGACGGCCGUAUCUCCGUCGCCGGCAUCACCAGCGACAACGUCGGCCGCCUCGCCGAGGCCAUCUUCAAGGUCAAGGGUUAA